AUGACCACCAAGUCUACUCCCAAAGACCUCAUUGACUUGUUUCCUCACAGCAAACUCACACCGGUUGCUACCGCGACAACCAAACCCAAUUACUUGUUGCUCCAUCAGCUUCAGCAUGAAAUCAACAACAAUGCGGAGACCCUUUCCUCCACUCUUGGAGACGGCCAACACGGUCACCUUUUUCUCGUAAUUUCCGAAACCGAGUACCUUGAAAUGACCAACGGCGUUCCAUGCAUUCCUCCUGUGCAACCGCCUUUCGAUCCAGUUCACGCUGCCAACACCACAGCUCCUCAAAUUGUCGAAGCUAACCAUCAGAACAACAAACGUCAAAAGCUUUUUGACCUUUGCCACAAUGCCAUUAAAGCGUUUCGCAACCAACUCCUUGAAGCCAUUCCCAUUGAAUACAUCAAAUCUCUCGGUCAUCCUACACAAGGCUUUAACAAAUUUAUCAUUGCGUCUGGCCAAGUCAUGGACAAAUGCAUCAUCACUCGCAUUGGCUACCAGAUCAUCGAAAAAACCGGGCUCUUUGAUCUUGCUUCUCGCGACUGGCAUUAUAAAGAUGAAGCCAAUAAAACUUUGGCAAAUUUCAAAAAACAUUUCCAGAAGGCCAACAAAGAUCUUGCCCUCACCGCCACCAGCAGCUCUGCUGGUUAUCACACCACAAACCAGAGUACUGAAAGAGGGACGGCCAAACUGUUGAGUGUGCCGCUGAAUACUUAUCAUAACAAAAAUAAGUCUUCAGUUGCACCAAACACUCCUCCGUUAGCUUCCUCCCCGCCAUUUUUUCCUCCCGACGCCACUGCAGACACUGGCUGUACCGGGCAUUUUUUGAGCACCAACAUUGCUCACAUACACUGCCAACCAACAGUCCCCGGCAUCAACGUGGUCCUCCCUGAUGGUUGCAGAAUCACUUCAAGUCACAUCACUGAACUCAACAUUCCCUUGCUUCCUCCGGCAGCUUGUACCGCCCAUAUCUUUCCUGGUCUCUCAAAUGGAUCCCUCAUUUCCAUUGGCCAACUUUUUGACCACAGAUGUACUGCCACAUUCACAUCUGACGCUGUCAGCAUUGAGCUCAAUAACACUGUCGUUCUCCGCGGCGGCCGUUCUCCUUGCACCCGAUUGUGGACCCUAGACUCCCCUGUAACGCCAAAUCUGCCCGCCACUGAAUUGCAUGCGCCUUUGAACGACAAAAAUUUUGCGAAUCACCUCGGAGACCACUCAGGGGCCCUUUCCGACCGCAUUGCCUUCGUUCAUGCGUCCUUAUUCUUGCCACAACUUUCGACGUGGUGCAAUGCCAUUGACGAAGGCCGUCUCACAACCUUUCCGGACAUCACCUCUGCACAGGUAAAACGGCACCCCCCACAUCCUAAGCAAUCGGCAGAGACUGUCGUGGAGCACAAGGAACAAACGAAAUUACCGGCACCCAAGAAGUUGGUCUGUCCUGCCUGUCACAAUUCUGUGUGUACCCAGAGUGAUCUCCGGAAGGCCACCUACCUCUUCUUUGAAGAUGGCAGCGGCGGCAAACAUGCCCUCAUGCUUGACAUUGAAGCAGGCUGGUUGACUGUGAAAUAUAUUUUUGAGCAACUGGCAGCGGAGGUAGUCUUCAAUGUUUUGGGCAUUCUGCCAAAGCUCAAGCUGUCUCCUUGGAAUAAGACAGGGCCUUGUGUGCGCGAGUUCUGCAACCAGAAAGCUGUUUGUAGGACCUUAGAGCGUCAAAAAGCGGACCCGGCGGUCUCGUUGAUUUGCGGUCAAGACAUAUACAAUGAGGUCUUGGAGGCGGCAGUCAAAUUCAACGAUAGAUCGAGGAAUACAGCCGCCAAUACAGCCGCCAAUGCCUAG